AUGCGAAAUGCCAAGGAGCGUCGGAUUAACGCAUACAAUAGAUACAGGAUGCGUCUCUCAAUCCUCGGGCCGUCGAGGGACCAAUUCAAUGCGGCCCGGGUCAGCCCUGCCUUGAUGGUUCAUGCUUGCGGCUUCAAAUCAUACAAUUGUGGAGAGACAUGUAUAUCCAACUGUGACGCAAAAGCCAUGUGCGGCAUUGACUCAGCAGACGGGAAGACGCCUUGCGGGCUCAAGCUAUGCUGUUCGCACUAUGGCUGGUGUGGUACGGAAGAUGUUCACUGCAUCGAUCCCGAGCCCCAAUUUGGUAAAACACCAUGUCAGGCUGGAUAUGGAGGUUGCAAGGUUAUCCCAUCGCCGACAUGUGGAAAAGACUCGGGAACCGCGAGAGGCCGCCGUGUUGGAUACUAUCAAGGGUGGAAUACGAGAGAGCGCAUGUGCGAGAGGGUCUCGCCGCGUCAGAUCAACACUCGCGGUCUAACGCAUCUGUUUUAUUCGUUUGCGUUCUUCCAUCCAACUACAUAUGAAAUAAUGGCCAUGAAUGAAGGGGACAUUCCCCUCUAUGGCGAAUUCACGGCUCUAAAGAGGAAUGGGCUGCAAACGUUGAUUGCAAUUGGCGGAUCUUUCAAUGAUCCUAACACUACUACGCUCAAUGCUUUCUCCAACAUGGUUUCUAGUUCGGGUAACCGCGCUGCCUUCAUAAACUCGCUCAUUGCGUUUAUGAACCGCUAUGGUUUCCAAGGGGCCGACAUCGAUUGGGAGUACCCGGCUGACCCCAAACGUGGCGGCCGUAAAGAAGAUACCGACAAUCUUGUUCUCCUCAUGAAAGAGAUGUAUGAAGCAUUUGGUGGACGCUACGGCUCAAGUCUAACUAUUGCACCUGAUUAUUGGUACCCCGGGGUUAGCUCUGCUUGCAUCUAUCCUGCCAACAUGCAGAAUUACGUCGACUUCAUGGGUUUCAUGAGUUACGACCUCCAUGGUCCAUGGGACGAAGACGUAAAGACUCUGGGCUCUAUUGUUCGGCCUCAAACGGAUAUUACAGAAAUUGAUCGGAAUUUGAAACCGUUAUGGUUCGAUGGAGUCGACCCUGGAAAGGUCAACUUUGGGAUUGCGUACUACGGUCGAACAUAUAAGCUCAUGGAUCCUUCCUGUUGGAAGAUGGGUUGCCACUUCCUUGGAGAGGGGGCUGCGGGCCCUUGCACUAACUUCCCGGGUGUGCUCUCAAACCGUGAGAUCAGAGGUAUCAUCAAGGAGGAAAACAUUACGCCAACCCUCAAUGUCACUGCUAUGGUAAAAUAUCUCAAGUAUAAAGGAGAUAGCUGGGUGGGGUACGAUGACGCCGAGACCUAUGCGAAUGAUAGAUGCUUGGGCGGCAUCAUGAUAUGGUCUAUUGAUUUUGACGAUAAGACAGGUGGCGGCAUCGGUCUCGACGAUCCGAAUGGCUAUAAUUCUCCUGAAUCUGCGACCAUAAUCCCAAUGUCCCAUACUACUGUUCCGGCCGGCCAGACUUUUACCGUUGGGGGCGGUGCUGCCACCGACCUUCCUAGGCUUCCGAACGGCGGAAACCAGAAUAUCCCCAGCGGCCCUGGACCAGAGAAAUGCGGUCAGUGCAGCUUUUUCCGAAGGAUAACGUCGACAUGUUGCGGUACUGGCGGCUCAGUAGGAAACCCAAUUUUGAUUCCAGCUGGAGUUCCAACACCUAUGGAUAUACCUUUACCCCCAGCCUUUGCUCCAAACCAAUCAUUUACGGAUUCUAAUGGCACGCUGAUCCCUGCAAAUCAAGCACUGCCGCGGGAGACGAUUAUUCCGCGCAAUACUGUCUUUACUCAGCCGUUUAUUAUAGGCCCGGGGACACCACUCCGCGAAGGGGAGAGCGAUGAUCAGAAUUCCAACUCGUCAAGCCAUAUUUGGCUGUCACCACAUAUUUGGGAUGACCCGAAUCCUCAGGUACAAUGUUUCUUCCCGUGUACAUUCGUGUUGCCACCUUGGCCGUCGUUUACAACCACCGUCGACUACCCUCGCAUUACCGUGACCCGAAGUGGAACCAUCCAAACCACACUGACGUUUCCUCCUCUAACCGUAAGUCGCUGGGAGCCCUCCACAAUCGUUGUUGAUGGCUCACGUACAACAUCUUCAUGCCCUGAAGACGACCAAUCGCGCACGUCACGUGUUCGAAUCAAAACGACGAGCACAUGGCCCGUCGUCAAAUACACAUCUUCGGGGACCGUUCACACCACGCGGCCGCCAACAAGAACUUCUGACCCUCCUUCACCACCUGGUAAAGACGAAGACCCAGAUGAUGGGCCAUGCUUCUUCAACUGCCCACCACCACCCCCGCCCGGCAUACGUCCUCCUAACCUUACCAUCAGACCCGGUCCACCACGUCCGACCACAACACCAUGCGCCUUUCCCGCAAAUGUUUGCCCACCGGGACAAAGACCUCGUCCUGGGCUUGGAGGAAUCCUUGGUCCGGCAGAGGAGGAAGUUGAGGAGGUCGACCCAAAGGAAAUAUGCCUUCUCCGACCGUCCAAGACAAAAACGUUGACAGCCAUACUUACAGUUUCCACAGAUGUUACAACCAUUGUCGCGCCUGAGCCAACUCCUUCUGAGCCACCGGUCAUGCCACAACCUCCGACUCAUACAUGGACCCAGGUCGAUCAUUCUAAAGACCGAGUCAGGUGUUACAACAGAGGACAAGAGGCGCUGCGUAUACAUAUGAUCAAUCCAGUGGAGUCUUACUGCGAAACGGUACUCCGUAAUGGCGAGCAUAUUUCAGGCGGAUGGAAGGGAGCGGAAGGUCGAUAUCCGUUUCCAUGCUGUGACCGAUCGGUUGAAGUAAUGCCCAUUGCUGUCUACGUCCAGAUGGAGUUGAAGGACGGUUGUGAGUGGACCUUCAACAGGAACGAGUGCAGGGCAGAGUUCAGAAAGAUUAUCGACGGCUGUGAUAAAUCGGGGGAGAAUCGAAAGCAGGGCGGUACUAUUGAGGGCAACUGUCUGAGAUGGAGGGUUGACCCGAACACGGUGUAUUAG